GAAAUGGGAAGGUUGUGAUUUGGCAGAAAUCGCAAUGGAAGAGCUGUACGUUAAACCAGGUAACCAGGAGCGGGGCUGGAACGACCCUCCUCAGUUCUCCUACGGCUUGCAGACGGCGCAGGGGGGACCGAAACGGAACCUUCUCAAUAAAAGAGUGGCCCCACCGCAGUCGCAUGGGUCACAAAGUCCUAGCCCUGUUGGGGCUCCUCCCCCAACAAUUCAUUCAACCCCACCCCUCAACCCAUUAGCCCCACCUCCAUGUGGAAUGACCCCACCCACAUGUGGGAUGAACACACCCCCAAGGCCGUGUCCCAUAACAGAACAGACAAACUCUCCCGCUGUCCAAUCAGAGAGCGAGCCUAAUGUCGAUGACAUCAUUGCGAUCCUCAGCUGGGCAUUGGAAGCUUGUAGACAGACUGUAAAGAAGCAAGUUUGUGACGAUGUCGAAAGGCGGCUGAAGCUGUUUGAGGAGAUGUGGAGGACUGCAAAACUGACCCUCCCUGUUAAAAGAAGAGUGAACGUGCUGGCUCAAGAGAUGAAACACAGGAACUGGGAGCGAGCAGACGAGGUUCACCGGGCGCUCAUGGUGGACCAUGUCAACGAGGUCAGCCAGUGGAUGGUGGGGGUCAAGCGUCUCAUCGCUGAGGCCCGGAGUUUGGACCCAGAGCUCCUGAGCACCAAGGAGGCGGAUCAGAACCAGGGAUCAGCCGCUGAAGAGGCGGGUCAGAGCCAGGGUUUGGCCACUGAGGAGGCGGGUCAGAACCAGGAAUUGGCUGACAGCGACAGCACUGCCACUCAGUAGCCUUUUACCAAUCUUUCUGACCUGGAUAAGUGGAUUCUGUUUUGGCUUUAUGCAGUUCUGGUUCGAUGUGGGUUCCAUGCACCCUAAUUUCUGAAACUCAGCAGUUGACUGUCUCUCUCUCUCUCUGUGGGAUUAGAGGUAGAUGCAGUUUUGGACUGAGGGAGGUGCAGGGCGAUGUGGAAUCUGCUACUUUACCAUAGUUUUAACCUCUCUGUGGGAUGAUACAAUUCCAGUUGAACUGUACGCCUGUGUUUUCAUUUUAUUAUGAUCUUCUAUUGGCAUCUGAUUCUGAAUCAGUUGCUAGUAGUUUAAGUGGGUAACCAAUCAGGAUAAAGAUGGAAGACGAACUCCUUGUUAAAGAAUUUUUCACAUUAACUUGUGUUAUCUGGAUUUCUAAGCUGAUUUCCUACCCAGCAACCCCUGGACGUCACAUACUGCAAACCUCACUGUGGAAGAGAUGUGGGAGAGUGGGACUGUUAGAACCCAGAGGGAGUGACUGGUUUUAACCAAUCACAAUGUUUCGGUUGGUUCCAUUUCUGCUUACAUGAAGACAUUGUCAGGGAAUCGUGAUUGCAAGGAUCAAGUGAUCAAACAGUACAAUUUUUUUGCUUUGUUUUUUUGGGGGGUUGGGAAUUUAUUAGUUAAAGUGUUUAAAUCACUGAUCAUUCCUGUUUUUUUUCUGGUACACACAGAAUAUCCUUUAGCAUACUGCAACAUGUUCAGUCCAGGUAAAGCCAUAGCAUGAAACCAUGAAAAAGUGGUUUGGAAGCCUUUGCUGAGAGUAGUGUCAUGCAUCUUCUCUUCAGGUAGUGGGGGCAGGCUGUGCCAUGCUGACCAGUCUAGCAGCCCGUCGUAGAAUCUGUUUAUUUUUACAGAUUUUUAUGAUCUCCUCAGAUUUUUGGCAUGCUGAGUUCAGGAAAGAUUUAUUUUUAACUUGACAGACAUCUGUAGCAUGUAGUUUGACUCUCAGUCACUUUGGAGAAAGAACUCGCAUUUGAGAGGUUGCCAUGCAAGGGGUUAACUGGUUUUAAAACUGAGACCACCUCAUCGUGAAGGGGACACUCAUGUAUGGAAAAUUCUGAACUCAGCCUGCUGAAUUUUGCCAUGAUGAAUUUUGGUAAAAACCCUGUGGUGAAUUCAUCUGGGAAUUUCUGAGACUGAUAGAGAGCCAGAUUGUAUGCCUGGCACAGAAUGACCCUGGUGUUUCCUGGUUUAUGCAUUAAAAACAAAGUUUACACUUUUUACCUCUUGAUGAUGAAAAAAGGGACAACAGCUGUUGUUGCAGAAGUAAUCAUGGGAAGUUGAGAAUCUGAAAGAAGAUUCUGGUAUGACUCAGAUAUUAACAAGCUUUUUAUUGUGUAGUUGGCAAAUGCUAAUUUUGUUAUAAACAUUUUAAAAAAGACCGAUGAUGUUAGUCAUGCACAUCAUGGUUAAACUAAACAGGAAUUUGCUUACCUAAAUAAAAAGUCCAAUGAUUUGGUUUAGCCAUGUCAGUUAGCAUUAUCAUUCUGAUGUAUUGGGAAAUGGCUGUUAACAAGGCACAUUCUAUAUAACACACAUUUUCUACUGCUUUAAAGUUGUUUAAAGUUAACGACUGUUCUUCAUGUGAUUGAUCCUUUUUAACGAUUUGCAACUGUAUGUAAUAUUUUUUCCUGACUGUAAGAGGAGGGUAAGGAGCUCACCAGAAAAGACCCUGACUUGUCACUUUAACCCUUAUUCCUAGUCCCUCAGGCUUUGAAACUCACCAAGACCAUAAAUUUGGAUUUAUGCAUCAAAUAAAUCAAAUUCUGCUUUAUGUUGAUAGCAUUUUUUUAUUUUUACAUCUCAGUAUACAUACAUACCAGGGUUUCAGCUAGGAUUUUUUGUUGACAGUCCGGUGUCCAGAAAGAAUUUAUUUUACUGGACAAAACUGGACCAGCAAGUUUUUAAUUUAUCGGUUUUUUAUA